CCUUGUGUGUUUCGUUGCUCGAAUUUGGGAGCGAAGUUGCAGAAAAGGCUUAAUUUUCACAACUAUCCAAGCGAUUCUGUGCAUCAUCAGCGGGGAUUGAUAUACAACAUGGAUCGAUGUGAAUGAUUAACAAAUUACGGCAGUCAAGUACGAGAAAAUGGAGCUGAGUAAAAAUUGAGAGAGAGUUUAUCAGUUUAUCAUCUGAACUUUCCUUAUCUUUACCCUUUCAACCCAGAGGCUCAGUUAUACAUUAAAUGACAGCGAAAGGCAGCAAAUGUCCACAGAAACUCAAGGUAGGUUGUGAGCGGAUACGAAGCAACAUCGCCCUACGGUUUUUAAGCGGCUGGUUCAGGCAGCCGAAAAACGUGAAUUCGGAGGCGGUGAAACCGAAAAACAACGCCGACCAAACAACAACAACAGCCCUCGUCAGUAAUGAAAAUAUGUCGAACAACAGCCAGAAAAGUCACGGGAGCAACGCAAGCACAAUCUCCACUGAGGUUGUCUGCGUGUUCAGCUGCCAAAGCCCGAGGAAUGCCUGCAACAAGGCGUAUGAAUGCCUCAAGUCGGCCUGCAAGAAUGCCCCGGCCACCAAGCUCAACCGAGUUGCUUUUGAGAAGUUGGACUUCGGAGAGACCCAGGUUUUGGACAUGUUUUACGGGGCAGAUAUUGUGGUGGUUGACAUGACUGUCCAGGUUCAGCAACGAACUCUGUUUUAUCAUCUUGGAGUGAGGGAAAGUUUUGGGAUGGAGCGGAAUAUGGUGCUGUUUAACGAUGAUGCUGAUCCAGAUACAACAAAUUCAUUAACACAAUCCUGCCACAGUUCAGGUUACUUGUUCAUCCCAUACAAGAUCAACAACGGCACCUGCUAUGUAUGUGACGUGGCGUGUGUACGACCAAACUCCAGUCGCAAUCGUCCCGACCCUACAGGCACCGUGAUGCAGGAUGCUGCGCUGCUGCAGCAGUUGUGUCCACCCCUAACAGAGCGCCUGCAGAAAAUACUUGAAGAGGUCCACAUAUCCAACAGGAGCAAUGCCAGAGAGGUACUUCUGAGCGACAUACGAAAAGCUCGCACCAAAUACAAAGGGGCAGAGUUGGGAAAGGAAUUAGCCGUUCUGAAGUCACGCAUGGAUGAGCAACUUUUGCUCACUGGCGAUAUCGUACAUCAAUUCCUUCUGUCAUACAGAGAAAUCCAGGACUACAAUUCUAUGGUUGCGCUGGUGGAGGACAUCAAAGAAUUAGCCAACGAUAAUGUCACACAGAAAGCUGCUAUCACCCACCUCUAUGCAUUCGCUCUUAAUCGACGAAAGAGAGUUGGUGAUCGAGAGAAAGCAUUGGUAGUUAUCGCAAGGGCCUUAGACAAGCCCGAGAACCAGGUUCCAGACAUGUUCUGUUUAUGCGGUCGAAUCUACAAAGACAAAUACACCGAGACUAACUACGAAGACACGGAGAGUCGAGAUCAAGCUAUCCACUGGUACCGGAAAGGUUUUGAAGUUCAACCCAACGAGUAUGCCGGCAUCAAUCUAGCCACUUUGCUUGUCCUCUCCGGCAAAGAUUUCUCAAAAUCGGGAGAACUUCAGAAGAUCGGGAUGACUCUGAAUAACCUUCUGGGUAAGAAGGGAAGUCUAGCAUCCCUCCAGGACUACUGGGAUGUAGCGACGUUCUUUGAGAUCAGCGUCUUAGCAGGCGACCUUGGAAAAGCCUGCCAGGCUGCGGAGUGCAUGUUCAAGCUUAAACCUCCAAUAUGGUAUCUGAAGUCUACUUUAGGUAAUAUUAAGAUGAUCAACAAGGUCAGGACGGCAGGAGCGGAUUCAAAUCCUACCAGGGAUCAAAUGCUGUUUGAUUUCUGGUUAGAUUUCUUUGUGGAAGCAACAAAAGAGAGCACCACUGAUGUCCGUUUUCCUGUGCUGGUUCUAGAACCAACUAAGCAGAUGAAGCCAAGUUACAUCACCAUCAACAAAGAUGACCACGACCAAGGACAAAAGUCGUUGAGGCUGUGGCAUGUGGGAGUUCCGGAAGGUUGUAAGGGUAUUCACGAAUGGCUGUUCAAAGCGCAGUCAAUCAAGGGAGUCAGCUUGUACAAGAGAGAUGACCGCUGUGUAUUCUUGUACGUCCAGCAGAAUUCAGACGACUUCCAGCUGUUCUUUUCUUCGGACCAUCAGAGACAAUGUUUUUAUGAUUUGGCGAAGGAGAUCGUAGCGUCAGAAGAUGACGUCUUCUCUGGGGAGGUGGAUUCAGACCUAUCCAGUGAACCAAUUCAGUUUGAGUAUGAGUAUGAUGAGAAAGGUGAUAAGAGUUUGUUGGGUCGAGGGACGUACGGCUGUGUGUACGCCGUGAGAGACACAAGGACCCAGGUCCGUAUGGCAGUCAAGGAGAUUCCCAUCAAAGACAUGAGGGAAGUGCAGCCCUUGCAUGAAGAGAUCCUUCUACACUCCAGACUGAGUCACAAAAACAUUGUCAAGUAUCUCGGCUCGGAAAACUGCGACGGCUUCUUCCGGAUAUUCAUGGAGCAGGUCCCUGGAGGUAGUUUGUCUGCCCUCUUGAGGUCCAAAUGGGGCCCUCUGAAGGAUCAUGAGGAAACCAUCUCCUUCUAUACGCGCCAAAUCCUAGAAGGCCUCAAGUAUCUGCACGACCAAAAGAUUGUUCAUCGAGACAUCAAGGGGGACAACGUGCUGGUCAAUACGUACAGCGGAGUGGUCAAGAUCUCAGACUUUGGUACCUCCAAGAGACUCGCUGGUAUUAAUCCUUGUGCAGACUCCUUCAAAGGUACGUUGCAGUACAUGGCUCCAGAGGUCAUUGACAAAGGCAUCAGGGGGCAUGGAGCUGCGGCUGAUAUCUGGUCUCUUGGAUGUACGGUAGUUGAGAUGGCCACGGGAAAGCCGCCAUUCAUUGAAUUGGGUUCACCAGAAGCAGCCAUGUUUAAAGUAGGAUUCUACAAGAUUCAUCCCGAGGUUCCCAUCUCAAUGUCUGAGGCUGCCAAGAAGUUCAUUCUCAGGUGUUUUGAACCUGAUGCAGAGAAGAGAGCGUCUGCGGCAGAGCUGAUCAUCGAUCACUUCUUGAACAGGAGAAGAAUUGCCCGCAAUCCUGCCGUCGAUUUCAAACAAGACCGUAGCAUAUCAGAACCCAACUCCAUAUUUAAGCUAGAGGCCGUUCCGGCCAUGAAGUAUCGCUCCAGUAGCCGCCCAGAGUCUCCUCUGCCCGAGACCAUCUCUGAAUCGGCUUCUGCCGUCACGCUGGACUUUGAAGCCAAAUCGAAGCGGCGAUCGGUGGACAUUAUCUCACCAGGAUCAAAUCCUCACUUGUUGCAUGUACCAACCGUAUCCUGUGGUUAUGGAUCUAGCGAGGAGAGCUCCGCUGAGACUCCAACGACCCCAGACAGAGGUCGAGGACGAGGUUUCUACAUGUUGAGAAAGGAUAGUGAGAGACGCCAGACGCUGCUUCAGAUCCUUGAGUCUGAACCGGAUAAGAUUGUACAACGCUGGAUGGGGAAACUGCAGGCUGGUACCCCGCCUACCAAAAUCACACAUCUUCAUCUAGGUAUUUUGAUGCACGGAAUUGCCCAGUACAUCAAAACAAGAGAGAGGAAAUUUGUACAUGAUGCUGUGGAGGAGUUGAAACUGGAGCUGGAUUACGAUCACGUUGCCCUAGGUGAAAUACAGCUGGCCCUGUAUACCUUCCUAGAUACGGUUGUGGAUGUCUUGAAGCAGCAUGUUAACAACAUUAAACCUCACUGGAUGUUUGCAUUGGAUAACCUAAUCCGAGACGGAGUACAGAUGGCUAUUACUGUGCUCUCACCGGAUCUGGGUCUGAACAUCGCUCCCGAUCAGAAACCUCACCAUGAUCAGACGGAUCACCACCAUCACGCCCACAUGGAGGAGGAAGGCGUGAACACAUCUGGCGUGUCCACCUUGAGCUCCAGUAAAUCCCAUGAAAGAGACCUCUUUAUGGAGAGGGCGUCGGCCUCGACAAUGCAGGCGGAGUAUAAGAAACUGGUCCAGGAGCAGGGAAGACUAUUAGGUGACCUUUUAGAGGUUCAAAGGUCACUCAACAGCCUGCUUGGAGGUCAGAUUAAGACAGGUCGCGACCUUGUCCACCACAUGAGGGAGGAGGAAGGGCAAGGAGCGGUAGGAGGAAUGGAUGAUUUGACCGUUGUGGAGGAACACUGGGACAAACAGUUGGUGGAAUGGCUUAGAGCUGUGACGAUUGAUGAACAUAGCAUCAGCAGGUUUGUGAAAGAAGACUACACGUUGGACGUCAUUCUUGAAAUGAUGACAAGAAAAGAUCUGCGUCACAUGGGACUUAAGGGAGGCGUACAAUGUAAGAUAUGGAGUGCCAUUCAACGCCAUCGAAAGGAUCCUGCGUAGCAUCAACUCCUUAGAACCAUCAACAAAUAUUGUACAGUAUUUGUAAAUAAAAGCUCUGAAUUCUACAAUUGUAUAUAGAGGAAGAUAUCAACGACAGCAUCCAUUAAAGGGAAGGUACACGUUUGGUAAUUGUCAAGACUAGCCUUCACAGUUAGUGUAUCUCAACA